CACCAUAACCUGGUAUGCAAGCUGCCAAUAAAUAGGAAGAAGAAGAGGCAGCAGUAGUGUAGGAGCGUUUGGGAAAGUGGGUUAUGUGAGGCUUUUAAUCUAUUUUGCUUACUUUUAUAAUUCACCACCGAUUUUGUUUUAGCUAGGUUCGGGGUUUCAGUACUAGCCCGUGCUCAUACCAGUCAGCAAGACGAUCCUUCUGCCUGAAGCUCAAAUGCCUUUCCAUUUCUGCCCCCAGUGUGGGACAAGGUUGCAGCCUGGUUUCAAAUUUUGUCCCUCAUGUGGGUCAGAGCUUCCCUGUCAUGCUGAAGAGCCUGUGACCUUCCCCGCCUCUUUAAGCCUCUUUCCAUCUAAAAAGGUAGAAGCAGCAACAUCUAGAGUUAAAACAAACACAAGUUGUGAGCCCACAGACAAUAAAGUUCACACAAGUAUCUACCCAAUUCCAAGUCUGACUCGUUCAGCACUGCGACAGACACGCCAUGACAGGGAAGUUAAAUUCAACAUUAAAGAUCCAAGUGUUGACAUGACUGAAGAUAAUAGUACUGGAUUCCAGGCAUCUCCACCAAAUCCUCAUACAGUCACUUUCAAACUCAACGCAGAGGUAGAGCCACCUUUACAGUCUCUGUUUUCUCCCAUCAGAAAAUGUCCUCGACUUGCCAAAGGAAAGGCCAAUGUCUCCAGCCCUGCUACAAAGAAGAUGGAAGAAGGAAAGAGGCUGACUGAUAUAAAAGCUGACAGAGCAGAGGGAUCAACAGUAGAUGGCUCUCCUGUAGCUGUCCUUUCUCCUGUUUCCUCACCAGUCUCCAGGUCUCCUUCAAAAGGUAAAAGCAAAGCCAAGAAGACAAAGCAUGCAUCUCCUGUGGAGCCACUACAUGAAGGUGUGGAGGUGACAGACACAACGGGCAAGAAGUGGAAGCUGAUGAAACUGCUCAGUCAGAGCACAACAGAGGUCAUCUAUGAAGUUCUGCCAACAGCUUCACAGGCCAAUUCCAAGGAAUCGGAUCACAUCCUCAAGCUGGGAGCUAAAGAUGGACGAAUCUUCAAUGAGCAGAACUUUCUGCAAAGAGCUGCCAAACCUGCAUCUGUGGGCAAGUGGAUCAAACAGAACAAGAUGGACUUUCUGGGGAUUCCUUCCUGUGUUGGCUUUGGUCUUCAUGCAGAUUCCUACAGGUUUCUGAUUUUCUCCAACAUGGGCCAGUCUCUCCAGUCUGCCAUUGAGCAUGAUCGUCUGUCUGAGAGGGCUGUUCUUCAGCUUACCUGUAGAAUAUUAGAUGUUCUGCAGUAUAUCCAUUCAAACGAGUAUGUUCAUGCUGAUAUUAAUGCAGAAAACAUCUACAUCAAACCAGGACAGAAAUCACAGGUAUACCUCGUAGGAUACUGCCACGCCUUCAGGUACUGUCCAGGAGGCCAACAUGUCGAGUACCGUGAAGCCAGCAGGAUGCCACAUGAGGGCACCAUAGAGUUCAUUAGCUUGGACGCACAUAAGGGAGCAGCUCCGUCUCGACGCAGUGACUUGCAGUCUCUGGGUUACUGUAUGCUGCAAUGGUACACAGGGGCACUACCGUGGAUUGGCCUCACUCAGCCAGACCAGGUGGCAACCUGGAAACAAAGGUUCAUGGAGGAUGUUCCUGCGCUGUUGAGUCACUGCUUUGGGACAAAGAAAGUUUCCAGUGCAUUUCAAACCUACCUGACUGCAGUGAUGGCUCUGCAGUACUCUGAGGAGCCUGACUACUCAGCGUUGAGGGCCAGACUCAGCGCCGCCUUACUGCAGCUCGGGGGAUCACUGGAGCAGCCGCUGAGUGUUUAGAUACACUGAACAAAAAGAAGAUUUGGAAUUGGAAGAUUUACUUUUUAACAUACUGUGUUUUAUCUGUGAUGUUUUGUAGCACUGAAAGUAUGAUUCUAGAGUUUAAUAUGUGCGGGUGACACUUCAGGUUAACACGUUUUCAUUAGGGUGAACAUUUUGAGCAUGUGUGGUUUCUCAAAUUGCACUCUGGUUUUUAAGCAUUACACAUGAGUUGGAGCGAGACGUCAGAUGACACGGACAAUGAGUUAGUUAUAUGAGCCACAUGUUCUUAAAAUACUUUUCUGGUGUUAAAACCAGCUGCGUUUUAUUUUUUCUGUUUGACAGAUUUGAUAAAUUUACCUCUGAAUCUGGGCAGCAUGGUGGAAAAAGUGAUUGGUGUUGUCACCUCACAGCAUGAAGGUUCUGUGUUCGAGCCCCAGCCGAACCUUUGUGUUUAAUACAAUGCAAUGCUAGAAAUUGCAACGCAGUUGUGUAACGUUAAGAUUUUUAAGGAAACGCACUCAAAAACAUGACGUGUGAAAUCGAUCUUGCAUAGCUCAAAGCCUCUGUGUCUGUGUACUUACUUAGGGCAUGUUCGGGCCCUACGAACCAACACAGAUGUGGAUUAACACACUUCCCUGUAAGCAGACAUUGAAGCUUGAAUAAAAGGGCAACCUUUUAUACAGAAAA